AACCCUUCCCACGCCAUUUCCUGUACCCACCCCGACUAAAGUGUAGUCGGAGCAGAUGUAGCUAGUUGGGCAGCAUAUCGCUGUAAAACACUCUGACGUAGACAUCCAGUUAAAGUUGGUGUUUUAAACGAGGAAGAUCAGAUCGGAAAACUAAGACUGAGAAGAAUCAUGUUUGAAAACUUCAGAGAAAGACUUCACAUGGUCCAGCAGGAUUUCACAACGGGCUUUAAGACCCUUGGAGACAAAUCAAAAGACACCAAAAUCAGGAGGAAGCCCAGGUUUGACGAAAGCCUUCCUCAUUUCAACGCUGGACUGGAAAUCCUUAGCAGGUAUGAGGAGAGUUGGUUUCUGCUUCAUAAAAGAACUAAAGACUAUGCUCAGGCUGCAGAGGCAGUAGAUGGGGACAUGGUGAUGCUCUCAGCACACUGGGAGAGAAGAAGAACAGCCCUGGCACAACUACAGGACCAACUGCAGAGCUUACCAGCUUUUAUCUGUGAACUUGAUGCCAUCACUGCUACUAUAGCUCAUUUGGAAGGUGACUUUGAGGAGAUGGAGAGCAGACUGGUAUUCUUGGAGACCCUGUGUUGUCAGUGUGAACAACAGACAUUUAAACAACAUCAUAUCAGCCAACUAGAAGUCUAUAAGAAAAAGAAGAGGAGGGACGUUGAGGCACUGGAAGUGGAACUGAAUUCUGAGCAUGCUCAGAAGGUGGCAGAGCUGGAGCAGGCCAUGCAGCAGAAACUAAGAGAACGACAGAAAGUCUAUGAAGAAGCCUUUAACCAAGACAUGGAACAAUACCUGUCCACUGGACACCUACAACACAGAAGUAGGUCACUAUUAUUUUUAGCAGAGCCAACAGGAGCUGAUAUGUGUGUUCUGGAUCAGAUGACAGUAGCUAACAUAUCAGAUCAGGAGGCUUUGGAUGACUUCCUCAACUCCACUGGUGAUGACAUCAGUGCUGGAUCAUCACUGACCUCAGGUCCAGACCUCGAGUCCUGCUCCUCUGAAUCUUUGAGGAGCCCAAUGAACCAAGACCCUCCCACAAACAACCAACCAUCCAACCAGGACAUAGCAUGGAUGCAAGAAGAGGAAGUGGCCAGUGAGGAGAGUGAUGAGCCCCUGGUGCAGUCAGACGAGGAGGAAAUUCAACCAGACAUGUCACUGAUUGGCCAGCAGGAUGUUGGCCCACUGAGGGGCUCUGAUGAGAGUGACUCUGCAGGGGACCUGCCCUCUGGGUAACCUGGCAACCAGGCACUUGAAACUUCUUGAAUACCGGUGUGGAUCAUUGGUGACAGCUAUGUCCAGCGUGGUGCCCAGAGAGAUGCAGAGACUAAGGGAAGUAACCUCAGCAUGCCGGAUGUCCCUCACAUUAGACAUGACCAUCCUAGGCUAUUUUUGAAAGAUGGAGUUAAUUUUACACCUAGGGGAAAUUAUAUGUUUUUAAGUACAUUAGCUAAUUGUCAUGAAAACAACCUCCAAAUGCUGAGAACUGCUUACAGUUGGCGGUGUCACUGCUUUUGAAUUUGGCCUUUAGGACCCAGUAUAUUAUUUCAUUUAUAUUGACUGUCAUCACUAAUGUUGAGUUUGGGUUUUAGUUUUAAAUAUGUCCAACUUUUUGUGUUUUAUUUCCUCUUAUUUAAAAAUUUCACAUUUCAAUUAUAUCAAAUAGCACUCCUUUUUUCUUUAAUACUGACUGAAAAUAUUAGAUUUCACGUUUAAAUCUAGCUGUCAAUUGAAUGGACAAACAAAUCAUACAAUACAGAUAAUACAUCAAGCAAUAAUACUCAAUUCUUUUGCCAAAUGAUAGAAGUCUAGCUUAAGUAGAAAGUGAAAAUACACCCACGUUUCACACUUCAGAAGACUGAAAUGUAGACAAAUAAUUAUGCAGAGUCCAUCUCUGUGUGUGCAGGAGUAUUUAUACUUUCUACCUGAAGAUAACUAAGGAACUUUACACCCAGCAUCAGAGCCUGAGAAGGUUUUGGAGAGCGCCUUUUGUUUGCUGCUCUGAUAGAAGUCAAGUUAAAACACAGAAGAAUAUGACACAUCCAAACAAAUCAGUGUCACUUUGAGCCCUUUUAUCCAACUAAUGACCCAAAGAAAGAAUUAUCUGCACACUGAAUAGUUUUGAAGCCCCCAAGAGGAUAUUGUUUAUUUGUGACAUUGCAAACUCUGAGAAGGCACAGGUAUUGUGAGGUUUAUAUAGUGAUGCAAAAAGAAACAGUCAGCUGAUCAACCGAAUCUAUCAGCCGAUUUUGUGUGUGUGUUUUUUUUUCGGCCUCACUAUAUAAACUUCACAAUACCUGUGCAAUACCCACAAGACCUUCUCAGAGCUUGCAAUGUUGCAGAUAAAUGAUACCGUUUAGGGGGCUUAAAACUAUUCAGUGUGCAAUUCUUUGUUUUUCAAAAUAGAAGUAUAGUUUCUCAGUGAAUGUUCUGCAUUUGUCUUAAAGAAAUGUCCAAACAAAACCAGUACAUAACAUCUGCUUUUGAUUUUUUUACUUUCUGCUACCCUUGAAAUAAAUGAAAAGAUGUGUAAAAGUUGUAACAGUAAUUAUAAAGAUAGAACCUAUGGAUAAGAACCCAGUGUCAUAAUUUGGCAAAAUCUUAAUGUCUUGUGAAAUUAAUGAAGUUGCUCUAGUUGUUCUUCUUUGCCCUUGGAGAAAGUGAAAAUGGUAGGCACAGUGGUGUCCUUCAGGUUUGUCCUUCCCUAAUUACAAGAAACAUAAAAAUAUGACAUUAUUGCAGAGUAAGUGGCUGUUACUCAUGAAAGAGGUUUGUGUGUUUAAAGUUCUGUAGAUAUUCAACUUUGUAUUUGAAUGUGGUUUUAAAUUUAACAGUGUACUGCCAAAACAAUUGGAGUAUGAAUGUACAGUAUGCAGUUCAUCGACAUUAAAAUUGUUGUUGUUGUUGUGAAAAGAAUAUUUAACUGUUAUCAAAGCUUACUACCACUGUAGAAUCAUGCUAUGUUUGGCUGUUUCACUUGCAGAAUAAUUUUCCCACAAGAUUUUCACAGACUGUAUAUGGGGAAAAAUGUAGUAAUUUUCACUGUAUGAUACAGGGCCUUUGCAAUAAAUGCACUGAAAUGUAAA